CUCUUCACCGUUGUCCACUUCCCUGCCUUGCCUCGUCUUGCCGGUGACCGAAUUUACAAACACCCGCCUGUUUUAUCAGGAACUGCUUCCAUCGUUCUCCUCCCAAAUUCCUGCUUCCGAUUCGAUUCCUCAGCUUUUUGGUUCGAUUUUUCUUAGCUUCCCGCGUACUUUUCGGGUACUGAAGAUUGAUGACACAGUGUCUGGUCUGGGCUUCUAGAACGAGCAAUUUGCGUUGUAUUGUUGCUGGUCAGCAUUACCAGUUGAAGGAAAAAUGCAAAUUCUAGGCUUUAUUGGUCGACUUGGGAACUGAUAAGUUGUUUUUCCAAUUAGAAUUUAAGGGAAAUAAUGGCAGCACGCACUACUUCCUCCAUUGAAAGAUCAAGCACCAAGCAGCUCAAUAACAUCGGUUUGUCUGGACCAUUGCCAUCAUCCUUGUCAGUUCUUCCGACUCCGAUAGGAGAGACAUUUGCCAAGUUUUCUGAUUCUCAGCCGGCUGUCAUGGCAAAAGAGCUUAUGACUGGGCCUAUAACUCAGCCGAGUCAUUUAAAUUCCAGCGGAGCAAUUGGGCACAUAUUUUCAUCUUCUCCUGGAUAUUCAACUGAUCUUCAUCACUCAGCUCUUUUGCCGCAUGAAAAGCACUCAACAAAUGCUCAUUUCAUUUCUCAGUCAUCCAACAUGGCUUCGUUGCCCUUUUCUUAUUCUUCCAAUAGUGGACCGCUUCCUUCUUCAACACCAAAUAGUUAUUUCAAAGAAAACGGUGCUUCCUGGAAUAUAGAACCCCUGUCCAACUUUCUUGAUUUUCCUGUGAAUACUACCAUUGAGAAUAGUCCAGCAGAAAACAGUGCCUCCACUGUCAUGGCAUCUGAGGAGUAUUGUAAGCGAAAUGAAUGGCAAGAGUGGGCUGAUCAGCUUAUAAGUGAAGACGAUCCUUUGACUUCUAAUUGGAAUGACCUUCUUACUGACAACAUUCAAGAUCUUGAGCCAAAGGUGGGAUGCCAGGUUUCACAUGUUCCAGGAAACCAGUCCCAAGGUCAGCAGCUACUUCCAGCUUCAUCUGGAGACAAUUGCUUUGGUGCUCCCCCUGCUUCAUCAGGAAGUUCUGCUCCCGCCAAGCCACGGAUGCGAUGGACACCAGAGCUUCAUGAGGCUUUUGUGGAGGCUGUCAACAAACUUGGUGGCAGUGAAAGAGCUACCCCUAAGGGUGUGCUGAAGCUCAUGAAAGUUGAAGGAUUAACGAUAUAUCAUGUUAAAAGUCACUUGCAGAAAUACAGGACUGCUAGAUAUAGACCGGAACCAUCUGAAGGAUCCUCAGAGAAACGACUGACCAUUGAGGACAUGCCUCCUCUAGACCUGAAAACUGGUAUUGAGAUCACUGAAGCCCUGCGACUGCAGAUGGAGGUUCAGAAGCGGCUGCAUGAGCAACUUGAGAUUCAACGAAACCUACAACUGCGAAUAGAAGAACAAGGAAGGUACCUUCAGAUGAUGUUUGAGAAGCAAUGCAAAUCUGGUGCUGACAAGAAGGCAUCGCCGGUAUCUGCGACAGAGAAGCCAUCAGGAGUGUCUUCAGACGCUAUCAAAGAUUGUGCUGCCAAAGGUGAUGUGGAAGCCUCCCAAGUGGAGGGUGAUUGCAAGUCGGGACAUGAUCAAGCCAAUAACAGUACUGCAGUUGAGGAAAGGUCUCUGGAAGUGGGUAUGAAGAAUGAUGGCCCUCAAAAUCAAGCUUCUGAUAAUCCUAAGCAACAAGCCGGUGAAGAGAGUGCUCCAGCCUCGAAGAGGCAGAGAACAGACGAGUAACUGAGUAAGCCGUACAACUGUAGCUCUUGCAGGAAGACACGUUUGCAGGUGGCUUUGAUGACGGUUAGUUUCUUCCACUUUGUUUCAAUUCCACAUGGUAGGGUUUGGGUUUCACUUAUGUUCUUUAUUGGUUGAUUCCAACUAUUUAGUUUAACUCGGCAUAAAGCCCUCUCCUCCCGAUGUUGCUUGUAGGCGAAGCAGCCAUGAAGGCCGUGGGAAGGCCUUGCAUUAAUUUCUCAAUGGAAGAGCACCCAAACACAAAUAAAAGUACUAAUCACUAAAUAUAUGAUAUUUCGUAAUUUAAAUGCAACUAGACUGUAAUGGUUUAAGGUAAAUUAUGUUGUUCAUUUCUGACGAAUGUAUACCGAUUUUUCGCGGGGUUCGUAAGUAGGGACCCUCUUUUCUGGACCGGCAAGUGGGGAGCCAUGUUAAGAAAAAGACAUAUUAGUAAUUAAUAGUAAACGUUAUCCUGGAAA